AUGUCGACCACGUCCACGCCUGCCGAAGCGUUGGCGCCCAAGUCGAGUAAAAGAAUCGAGUUGGAGACACUUAUAAGAGAAUUUCAGACUAAACUUGGCUCUGACUGGGAUAAAUAUCACGAAUCGUUGAGUUUAUUUUUGGUUGGAAAACUAUCACGUCCAGAAUUAAUACAGAAUAUCACACCAAUUUUAAAGAGUGGUUUAAGAAAGUAUCAUAACAAGUUAUUACUUUUGAACUUUUCAAAUUCGUUGAAGGAUGGUCCUUUAGAUUUUCAAAGUGAAUUUGCAUCAUUCUGGAAUAAGAAAGCAAAUAAAACUAAGAACAUUCGAUCAAGUCAAUAUGAAAAGUUCAAGCAAAACAUUAUGGGUUUGCCAGUUAAGGAAAGAAGAAGAAUUAAAAAUAUCACUAGAGAAAGCGGUAAAAAGGGUAAGCUAAACGCAUCAAUAACGUUAACAAGACAUGCAUUACUACCAAAGAUUCCAAUGAUUCAGGAUACUGCACAACAACAAUUACAGGUUAAUAAUUUAGUGCAAUGGCAGCAGGAUGUAGUAAAUGGUAUUAAUACCCCAAUUGCAACAGAAAACUAUGAGAUUCCUGAUUAUGAUAAUUUAUCAAGACGCAUACUUAUGACUAUGAGAGAGUAUGGAUUGACGGGAGGAUUAAGUACAGAAGUACUUGAAAUGGUUCUUCUUGGACUAGAUGCCCAUUUAAAGAAUAUAAUUGAAAGUGCUAUUGAUGUUGCGAGAUAUAGAGAAAAUAAGUAUACAAAGAAUGAUUUUAUAUCCACAACUCUUAAUUCUAUACAGCCCUCUGAUGCUAAUGAUAAUUCCAAGAAAAGAAAGGCUAAUCAUGAGGUAGAAAAUGAAAAGAAACGUAAGGUGACCUUGAAUAUUAAUGAUUUAUAUGAUACAUUUGAAAUGUUCCCACAUUUAAUCGAGCCAUGCGGUCCAAAACUAAGACUAUCAAAUGUAAUGUUACAGAAUGAUGAUAUGAUAUCUACGGAUUAUAACUAUGAGUUACCGCCUAAGCUAGAACCAGUCGUGGAACCAAUAGCAAACGGGAUACUAAAAAAGGAAACACCUGUAAGCAAAUCUAAUGGAACUUUGCAUAUUGAAACGAAAGAACUGGAAGUUAAAUCGGAGGACAAACCUUUGCAUGCAAUUAAGCCUGAUGCAAAUAUUGAGAAGGAUGAAAAAUCUUCUACAAAACAAACAGAAGGAUCUCCUCAAUCUAAAGAAGUGGCUAGUAAUUCUCAACAUUCCACAGUACAAGCCCAGAAAUCGACUCAAAAGCCACCAAUACCUGAUGCUCAUGUUGGGACGACUGAUGAAUUGAAAUGGAUGUUACAUGACCUUAUUUCUACGAUGUAA